UGUAACUCCAGAUAUUAACAAUAUCUAUCCACCAUCCAUGCCACGCAACAAGCAGCAAUGUGGUUUUAGGAUCCCUUGGAUCGCAGGUCCUUCCUCUGAAUCCCAUUCCCUUUCUCCAAAACAAAAAUCAAAAUCUGUUUCCACUCAUCGACCACCAUUUCGUCCUCCUGGAAUAGCCUCUAACCCACCACAGCCUCUUCCUCCUCAGGGAACCCCAAAAACUGAACCUCAAAAAGUGUCAAAAUCUCUUCCAUCACACUCACCAGCUCCUUCGGUCAUUAUUGACUCCCCAUUGUCUUCUCUGCCAGAACCCCCUUCUACACCUUCAGAGCCAAAUGUGAAGGAAUUGGAUAGUACUUCCAAUUCCAAUUCCAAUUCCAAUGCCCCUUUGGAAACACAAAGCAAACCCCAUCAACCUAAAUCCGACAACAUAAAGCGUGGACCAUCAAUUCCAAUGCCAAAAAAAUCCGAGCUUGAUGAAACCCCAGAUAAGAAGCAAACAAUGAUGUUUGCCACGUCGAAUCCUAGCGGGAAAGACAUGAAAGUGGUGACUCCAGCUUCAACAUCAGCAACCAUGUCAUUAUCGAACGAGGGAAACGAAAAUCCCACUAAAGAUGAUAACAUUUCAUCUCUGAACCCAACACUGAGCGUGGAUGACAAAGCAGUAAGCGUGGUAACUCUCGCCGGUGACAACAGAGGAGUGACAAUGCACGUGGCGGGUUCUCAGUCAACUAGGCCCAAACCCGAAGGGAAGAGCACUUCAACAGAGAAAGAUGAAGCUGGGAAGACAUAUGUUAACAGCAACAUUCAGAGCAUUAAUAAUUCCAUCAUGUCGCACGGUUCCAUCAAUGGAAGAGACCCUGGUGUUCGUGUCAUUCUCCCCCAACCGCCUCAACCUGAGGUGAAACAACCUUGUUUGGAGAUGAAACAACCUUGUUUGGAGAAACCUAAGGCUGAAGCAAGCAUUAACAGAGCAGAGAGGGCUUAUAGGCCUGUGGUUCGAAGAAGAUGCCUCAGAGCGCUUAUGCUUGAACCUAGUGACUCUGAUCCUGAUAACCCAGAUAAACCUCGUCGUCAUGGUUGCAAGUUUAGAUGUGGAGACAAUACAAAGGGAAAGGAUACAUUGUAACAAAUAAACAAAUAAAUGAUGGUAAUGGCAUGAUGCUGUAAAAGGAUUUUUUUU